AUGCUGUUGAGUGGGAGCAAAGUCUUCAAUGGUGACAAUGGCAAAAAAGCAGUAAAAAGAUCCAGGUUGGAUCCUUGCAGCGAAGGAAGUGAACCAAGACACCAAGACAGCCAGUGUGGAUAUGUUUGUGUGUUAGGAAUCCCCUACAAGUUUGGAAAGACUGAGAUGAAGUCUGGAGUAUUCAAAACAAAUAUCAAGAAAAAGAAUGUGAAUAAAACAUGUAGUAUUCUAUCAAGUGCUGAAGGCCCUAUCUGUAUCUCUACCACCUUGCCUUUAGAGCAAGUUUCACCAUCUAAUGUGCCAGAUCUUCCCAGAAUUCUUCCCAAAGUAGUACAUCUAGAAGCUGGAUCCCAGAAAAGGUGACCGGGCACUGCAAUAAUAUCAUAACAGUCAAACUCUUUAGACAUGUCUCAAACACCCUUCUCAAGAAGACCUCCCUUCAAGAUAUGCUAUAUAUGUGCCAGAGAAUUUGGGUCACAUUCUAUUGCUAUACACGAACCUAAGUGCCUGCAGAAGUGGCAUAUUGAGAACAGUCAGCUACCAAAGCACCUUAGAAGGCCAGAGCCCCAGAAACCUGAGGUCCUUACUGGUUCUGCUUCUUAUAUGCUUGCAAAUGAAAAUGAAGCUGCUUAUUAUAGUGCUCAAGCCCAGCUUGUGCCCUGUAGAAACUGUGGCCGGACCUUUUUUCCUGACCGUCUCCCAGUGCACGAAAGGUGUUGCAAAGGAGGUAGAAGUGGUGCGAGGCUACCAAGGUCUGGAACUGGCUCAGCACGUGCAAAUGCAUCUAAGGCCGGUCAAGGAAUGAGCAUGGGUGCACCAGUUCUAUCAGACCAGGCAAAAGUGAUAAGACGGCCACCAACAGUGGUUUGCUACAUAUGUGGCCGUGAGUAUGGAACAAAAUCUAUUAGUAUACAUGAGCCACAAUGCCUGAAAAAAUGGCACCAGGAGAAUGACAACCUCCCCAAGCACCUGAGAAGGCCAGAACCCAAAGUGCCUGAAGUCAGACCCGUGCAAGCCAAAGGUUUCUAUGAUCUUGAUGCUUUAAAUGAGGCUGCCUGGACCAGCGCCCAAGCCCAGCUAGUUCCAUGUGAUAUUUGUGGGCGUACUUUUCUUCCAGACAGACUGAUCGUCCACCAGAGGUCCUGUAAACCAAAACCUGCAAAAUGA